AACGAAAUUGCGAAAAAGAUUGACCCCACUGAUUUGUGGAACCAUAUCUAUGAUAUCCCUUGAGAAAUUCCUCCAGAAUACCAUCCCUGUAUUUAGAGUGCUUAUCUGACCUUGUAAGCUAGGUCAUCUAUACGACUCACAAAUGCAGCUUUUUCUUCGCUGGUCACCGCCAUUGUACUCCGGGACAACAGUGAGAGCAACAUAGCUUCGUUGGCCUUGCUCCGAUUCAAUGGUCAGCUGGUCAGAUGGUCGGAGAAAUUAUGAGCGAUCCAGCCUGUGCCAAGAGCAGAUCAGUUCAUAUCCAAGGCCCUUGCUGGAUACUUCCAGGUCAAGCAUUAAAUGCCCCAGCGUCGCAACUAUCUACGUAUGUAUCUUUUCCCUAUAUCAGAAGACAUGGCGCACGACGGCCACAAUUGUGGAUAGAACAUCAGCAUAUGCGACGAAAGCCUCAGGCAUCAGCCCGGUCAUCCCAUUAUACUCCCAUAAGACAACGCUGAGAGGCCCUGCGUAUUGCCGACACGGCGAAAGAACCUCCUCAGAACUCUGCUUUCCGGAGAACUUGAGGAGUGACUCAUACCCCCUGACUAGGCUCCCUGAGCUUCUGCACCAGAAUGGAUCUCCAAUCGCGGGCCCCCAUGCUUUCAUGAUGCCCUUCAGAAAAUAAAAAGCUGUGUUUGCUCCACUUCGGAACUCAUGUCAAAUCUUUGUAUGGCAAUAACUCGUGACUAAAUUCGGAUAUAGCACAAGAGCGCCAAAAGGCAGCAUAUAUCGCCUAACAUCGGUCUAAACUAACUUACUGCGCUCACUACAAUACA